AUGUCUGGACACAUUCAAUCAAUGUCCUCAGCGACCAUCAAGGCACCAGAUGGGUCGACGCUGAGCAAGCGCGUCUUUCCCCCUCUUUAUUCCUCUACUGGGAAUACAGCCAAGGAUAGACUUGCAUUUUUUCAUACCCUGGAGAGGUUAAAGGAAGCCAUGCACAAUUUCAGGCAUGAAAUGCUCCACAAUAGUGCUGCGGCUCAGCGAAUUGAAGCCCUUUGGAAGGAGUACGAAGAAGGCGAAACUGACGAGGCUCGAUUUGUUAAAGACCUCGACCGCUUCGAGAUGGCAUCGCAAGCCUUAGAAUAUGAGCGCGAUCAUUCUACACAGCUCCAGCAAUUCUUCGACAGUAGCAUCCCAUUCUUACGUCACGAUGAAAUUAAAGACUGGGGUCGAGAUCUUCUGACUGAACGAGAGGAGAUGCGGGCUGAACUUAUGGAAUGUUCUGCUCAACCUGUUAGGGAGACCGAGAACAAUUCAUAG